CAGUGGAUCCUCAUAUAUGAUACAAGAGGCAUUCAAGUCAUUCUAAAUUCUCUACCAGAUGAUAUUCUUGCCGGAAACGUACAUACGCGCUCCACUUAGUACCUGACGUGCUGUCAAAAAUAACCGAUAGCAAAUUUUCGCGAGCUCCAUGUGGAAGUAUCCCGUGGAGUAGAGCUACAUACAUACUUACACAUAUGCAUUCCGCGGGUAACCAUAAUGACUUCCCUCAUGACGAGAACGAGGUAGAGAACCGCCGAAACGUGCAUGUAUGGCUACAUCCACGUAUGUCCAUCAGGCCGCUGGUAUUCCGUCGAGCAUGUUGGGUCGCCGGUAAGUUUAAACUAUCAUGAUCACCUUGUGCAAAAACAACAAAUUAGCGGAUCUGUGGAGUGAAUCGGCAAUUUACGAAUGUAAUCUGUACGGCGCCCCACUCUGUCGUCGAGGGGGGAAACGACCCUCAGGAUGUUCCCUAUAUAUACUGCGAGCCUUUUCCUUCUGUCCGCCGUGAGCGUUCUCUCUGGCGCCGUCCUCGCCGAGAAGAUCUCUGAGAUCAACGGACCCACCCACUACUCGCCGCUGGUCGGAAAGAAUGUCACGGAUGUCAGGGGUAUCGUCACUCUCAAGAACGCAAAGUCUACCAACGUUUGGAUUCAAGACCCGCAUCCGGACGCUGAUGUUAACACCAGCGAUGGUAUCCUCUUGUACAUCCCAGCCGCCAACAAGGACGCCCUCAAUGUUGCUCAGACUCUGCAAAUCGGCGACUACGUCUCGUUGAACGCCGCGGUCAAGGAAUUCGCAUCGAACCCGGAUGAUCUUUUUCUUACUGAACUCGACUUUAUCACCAACCUGACCAAGCUUCCCAACCCCGAGAGCUUGACGGUGUCCCCCGUAGUCAUUGGUCAGGAUGGGCGCAAGCCUCCAGUAAAAACUGUCUUCGCCAAAUGGGAAGAUGGUCCGGAAUAUGAUGCCGAGAAGCCAACCGACCAGGAAUGGUUCAAGACGUACUCCGCACUCGACGUGGCAAACAAAGGACUCGAUUUCUACGAAAGCCUUGAGGGAUCUCUCGUUACCAUCAAGAACCCCGUCGUCAGUGGCCAACCGUUCUCUGGCCAGUUCUUCGUUCUUGCCGACAAAGGUCAGGGUGCCACUGGACGCAACGCCGCUGGCGGCGUCACCAUGUACCGUGAUUCGGAGGGCAGUGACAACAACCCUGAGAAGAUCUUCAUCGGUACUCCGUUUGGCGCAAAGCAUCCCGCUGAUCUCGCCCUCGGGGACGUUGUCUCCGACAUCACUGGUGUCCUCACCUACAACCAGGGCGCGUACACUGUCUUCCCCAGGGAACCUGUCACCGUCGUUGAGAAAAACAAGAACGUGUUCCCUCCCGCUCCCGCCACCCCCCAGGACGAGUUUGCCAUCGGAUCGUACAACAUGGAGAACCUCGCUGGAAACGCUCCCCAGGCGAAGUACGACGCCAUCGCCAAGCAGCUUGUCCAGCAUCUUGGUGCGCCUGCGAUUUUUGUGGCCAACGAAAUUCAAGAUUUCAACGGCGCCCAAGAUGGAUCGACGGAUUCGACCGUUACCGUCAACCGCAUCAUUGACGCUGUUGUCAAGGCAGGAGGACCCACCUACAAUGCCACCUGGAUAAACCCUGAGGAUCUGAAGGACGGUGGUGAGCCCAAAGGCAACAUCCGCUCCGUUGUGUUUUACAACCCCGCUGCAGGCGUUACCCUGACCCCAGGACGGGCUGGAAGCGCUACCGAAGCGGUGAAGGUUGUCAAGGACGGCCCAAGAGCAGGGUUGACUCUCAACCCUGGUCGUAUUGAUCCUACCAAUGUGGCCUGGGCUGACUCGCGCAAGCCCUUGGCUACUUCUUUCGACCUGGCUUCUGGAGAGCGCGUGUUCAUCAUUGCCAACCACUUGUCGAGCAAGCGGGGGGGCAGUAAGCAGUACGGGGCCCUACAGCCUCCUCGCCAAGGAGCGUUGGAAAACCGAACACUGCAAGCCAGACUCAACCGCGCCUUCGUGGAGGAGCUCUUGGCGGUCGACCCCGAUGCCAAGGUUGCCAUUGUCGGUGACCUUAAUGACUUCACUUGGACCACCUCGAUCCAGACCAUGAUCGGAUCGUUGCCCGGCCAGACUGGCCCCAAAUUGCACGACCUCGCUGAGUCUCUACCCGUGGCCGAGCGUUACUCGUACAACUACGACGGCAACUGCCAGGAGCUCGACCAUAUCCUCGUCUCCGAGAGCCUUUGGACUUCUCUGUCCUCCUUCGUCCCCGUUCACGUCAACACUUGGGGUGCAUACGCCAGCCGUACCUCUGACCACGAUCCUCUCUACUCCCGCUUCAAGCGCGGCGGUCGCGCUCCGUCUACUACCACGUCCACCGGGAAUACCGAGCCCACCACUACCGCUGACGAGACCACGUCCGUCACGGAACCUACCACCACUUCCGCGGACGAGACCACGUCCACUACCGAAACUACAACCAUCAUUGAGACCACUUCCACCGAGGACUGCGACGACGACGAGACCACCACUCUCGAGCCGACCCCCACUCCCGAGGCAACCACCGUCACCGACACUACUGCUUCCCCUCCGGAGACCACUUCCACUGAGGAAUGUGAUGACGACGAAACCACCUCUUUGGAGCCAACCCCCACUCCCGAGCCCACCACCGUCACCGACACUACUGCUCCCCCUCCGGAGACCACUUCCACUGAAGAAUGUGAUGACGACGAAACCACCUCUUUGGAGCCAACUCCCACUCCCGAGCCCACCACCGUCACCGAGACGACUACUCCCCCUUCGGAGGCCACUUCCACUGAGGAGUGUCACGAUGACGAGACCACAACAACGACCGUUCUGGAGACCGAGACCACGGUCAUCGACGAGCCAACAUCAACCUUCUUCACCACUCAAGAACCCGAGCCCACAUCCGAGACUGAGGUCCCUACUGGCGACCCGGUGACUUACACCACUGUGGUCGAUCCCUCAGCAACCGAGUCUAGCCCCGCUCCCGGGCCCACCGACACCGACACACCCGUCUCGGCUGCAAAGCGCAGAGGUGUCAUUGGCUUGACUGUCACUGGUGUUGCGGCCAUCAUUGCUUUGUUCGCAUUCUAGAUUCCCUAGACAACUGGCGUACUAGAUCUGUAGCUAUACAUAGAUUACCCUUUCAUCACCGCACCUCUUUUUCUAAUAGAUAGAUGCAUCCUAUGACGAUUCCCUUGAGUUCAGUAGAGCGCUGCCAAUAUUACAUAAAAAACCGGCGGUGCCAAAAAAUCGUUUCAAGGGCAUGUAACCCAAACCCUUUAGCCAUGCCUCUUUGCGAUAGUUUUGGGGUCGCCGGUCUGCAUGUGCAUACUUUCUCCCGAUGUGACCUUGGACUCUCGGAUGCGCA